GUCUCUGAUUGGUCCGUGAAACUGAAGCAGCGAAUCAGCAUCCAGAUUGUUAAACCAGGAAUUCAAUGUUAUUAUUUCAGUUUGAAAAAAGAUGUCGCUGACCCGGGGCAUCGGCAGUGUGGAGUACAUGAGAAAAAGGAUACCCAGAAAUGCAAAGUAUGAACACGUUAAAACAAGACUGGACACAGGAUGCAGUUUCACAAAGUAUAUGGAAAGACUGGAGGAGAUCAAGAAAAAUUACAGAUAUAGAAAAGAUGAAAUCUUCAAGCGGUUGAAGGUGACAACAUUUGCACAACUGAUUCUUCAAGUAGCCUCCAUAUCAGAGCUGACAGAGAGUGAAGCCGAUUCACACGUACCAGAAGAUGGUGUGUCCGUGGUAUCCGAUGCAGACCUGGAGGAUCUGUCUGAACGCACCAACGGCUCCCCGCAGGCGUCACCGCUUUCAGAUCACCAGGAUGCAGGAGACAGCAAGGAAAUCUGCUACACUGCCAGGUCAACAUUACUAAGUGUUAUUAGCGGUGUCGGAGAGCUGAACCUCGACAGGAACAAUCAGAAGAAGGAAAGUGAGCCUGUGUUCAGCUGUGAGUCAGCUGACAGGCCGUACCCAGACUGCCCGUACCUGCUGCUGGACGUCCGAGACCGCGACUUAUACGACUGCUGCCACAUCAUCAGCGCACACAGUUUACCCAUCUCCAUGAUGUCUCGGACCAUGAACCCCUACACUAAAGACGUGCUGGAAUAUAAAAACGCAGCAGGGAAAAUCAUCAUCGUGUAUGACGAGGACGAGAGAAUAGCCAGCCAGGCAGCCACCACCAUGUGUGAACGAGGGUUUGAGAAUCUGUUCAUGUUGUCUGGAGGUCUCAAAGUAAUCGCUCAGAAAUUUCCAGGAGGCAUGACCACAGGUUCCAUCCCCACAUCCUGCUUGUCCUCUCCGACGUCCCUGAGUAGGAAAAAGAGCUCCGUGCAGCCGCAGCAGACGGUGCAGGCUGCAGAGAAGAGGUGGAGGUUUACAUCAGAUGAGCUGAACAAGAUCCAGGAGCAGCUGGAGGAGGUUCUCAUCCCCAGUAACACCAGCAGCCGCAUGUCCAGCCGCAUGUCCACCAGCAGCUCCCAGUCCAAAGCAUCCAGCGCUCAGAGUCGACAGAGCUCCUGCACGAGUGGAAGGGACAGCGCCAGAGUUCAGAGCAGCAGACCCUGGAAAUAACACCCAACACACACACACAACCUGCUUCAACUACACAGAUAAAAACAUGCAAACAUACCUCCAGUAAAAAGUCCAGUUAUUUCAGGUCACAUGUCUCCUCUGUUUAAGUGCUCUCAUCCUGAAACAAAACCCUCCUUGAAACAGGGUUUACACAGACCCAUGUACAUGCACUAAUGUCUUCUAAGCGCUUUCCUUCAACUUUAAUUCAGUAUGUCCUCUUAAACAGAUCCUGAAUGUGGAGAGAAACAAGCCUUAACUUUUAAAGAAGAUUAUUAAAAUGGACACAAAUCAUAAAAUAAUUAUAAUUCUAGACUCGAGGGGGUUCCAGACUUUAGCCUCUCUGGAGUUUCAGGUCAGACUGCAACUUUUUCACAUUUCACUUUAUUUUAAAAUAUAUUUAAUAACAAUGUGAAUUUGAAUGUUUGCACACUGCAUCAUCUGUGAACCUGAAAAGUGAUAGAUCCAUUUGCACUCAGCUUAAUUCUUUGAUAACACUCAUCACAUUCAUUUUCCUUUAAUCAGGCAAUGAACAUUAGAAAUAAACGCCCAUUCAUUUUCCCAUCCAUAGAUAUGUCCGUAUACACUCCUCAGCUAAGUGACAUCCCCUAAAGACCGGCAUUUCUGUUCCAUUAGGUGUACGACUGAAUAACUGAAUGUUGAUAUGACAUGAAGGAUAUGUAAUUUAUAUGAUUGAAACGCUCAGUCUAACAGAGCUGGUUAUGUAGUCAUGUAAGAUAAAGAAAAGCUGGAGUGUAUUUUAAAAGUCUCUUCACAUCCCCAUGAUGUCUUACUGUGACUUCUGCACCAUCAGCCUAAGUGUGCAAAUUCUUUUUGGUCCCUUCACGCUGUUACUUGAUUUCCUUUGUGUGUGCAUGAGUUCACUGACUUGUUGAAGCCUUCACACAGACAGAUUAUAAUUACCACAGAGUCACUGAAGAAGAAGGGAAAGGGUCAUUUCGUUACCUCUGUUACAAAAUGACCAACAGCACUUGAGUACCGAUGGUUGCAUUUUUUUAAUCAGUAUUUCUAAUGUGUGGCCUUUUGUUGUAGCGUGGUUGUGAUUCGUUGCAUGGUUUUUUUGAAGUGCAUAUAUUUAAAUGAUGGACCCAUCAGCAGGCCUUGUUUGUGACUUGUUUUCACCAUCAGUCUUAUCUCACACUAAUGAUCUGAUGAUCACAUGGUUUUGUUUGUAAAUGAAUGUUGAAUAAAGAGUAUGAUUGUA